CCACUCUGUUCUCUUGGAAGCAUCUUCACUGAUGUCCGCUAAGACAAUGGAGGCCAUUUAUCCUCCGUCGGUGGGAUGAUUUUGUGUCUUCCAAGCCUUGGUUGCCGCAUAUCCUUGCUCAAAGACUUGGACAAUCCACUUCCCCGCCCCCACAUCAUCAGAUUUCGGAUUUCUCGUAUGCCGUAUUAGUCAGUCUCGCGGUGGACUUCUGCCGGACUCUUUGGUGGUGCGAGCAUAAUCUAUACACACAACGAAUUUGAAGUGCGUGUUGUGUGGAAGUCUGGAGCUAGGAGGUCAUAGCCAUGGUGACGAGUCUGCGAACUAUCCCGCAGUACUACUACGAGGAGCUGCCCCAAGAUGAUGUCAUGAUCAGGGUGCUCAAGCUCGAGCCAGGAAAGAGGGAAGACUACAUCCAUUGCCAUCUAGAGCCUGUUUCUUUGCACAAUGUCCGAGGGCAGUAUGAGUGCAUAAGCUACGUUGUAAGUACAGAACUUCUCUCGCAAGCUUGACCGUUCAGAGCCCACGGCAGCUCACAUACCAUUAUUUGCACUUCAGUGGGGAGACGUGACCGAAGUGCGACGCAUCAUCGUCGACGGCCACUGGUUUAAUGUCACCCUGAACUUGUUUCAUGCCCUACAGCACUUCCGAGAUGAGAAGAACGAACGCACGCUGUGGGCCGACGCCAUCUGCAUCCAACAAACAAAUCCGCCCGAGAAAGGUCGGCAGGUGCAACUGAUGGGACAGAUCUACGAGAACAGCCAGAGAACGCUGAUAUGGCUUGGACUCGAUGAUCAGGGCGUCGCCUUGGAGACCUUUGAUUUCUUGAAGAGCACAUCGUGGAUCGCAAGAGCUCUGGUAGAUCAAUACGGGUCCGUGACCAAGAUUCCAGCGCUUAGCAAGCAUGAAAACCCCGUCUCUCAACAUCCGCGGAAGUGGAAGUUGUUCAAGGAGUUUCUCAAGCUUGCAUGGUUUAGUCGCGUGUGGGUUUUGCAAGAAGUCGGCAUCGCUCGCGACGUCAUCAUGCGCUGGGGAGACGCAGAGAUCAGGUUCAGCGAUGUCAUAAACGUCAACGAAUUUCAGCGGCACGCGCCGCAGCUUUUCGAAUAUCUCCCGAUGUCGUGGUAUUUGCACGACGCUUUUGUAGGUCUGUUCAUGUGGUAUGGCAACAAGAACAGCUGGCGAGAACAAGUCGUCCCCGACUUCUGUGUACAAGCUGGCGUCCUUGUUCCGAAGCCCAACAUCAUCGACACUUUGAUCCAGAGCUCGAGACGCGAAGUAACAGACCUGAGAGAUUAUAUCUAUGCGUUGCUGGGACAUCCGUUGGCCGCGUUCAAUGGGAGCACAAUUGUACAGGCAGACUACACGAGACACGUCGAUGACGUGUACAUGGAGGUGACCCAGAAGCUGCUGACGAUUUUGGAGCCGACACUCCCGCUCUCGGUGGCUGGUAGCAUGGGCAAGAGACGGCCUCGAAAUCUAGGUGAGGCCAGUUCGGCCUCAUGGGUCAUCCGCUGGGACUUGGGUGCGGAAACUCAUAACCUUGGUCGCCCUGGCCAAUGGUUUUACGCUGGAGGAAAGGACGCGAAGCCCUCGCUCUCGAUAGAUACAGAAACGAGAGCUCUGAGACUAUCUGGUGUCAUAUUCGACAGGGUUAAAUGGGUUUCAGCGCAGAUUCUCCCUGCAGAAGUUGAGAUCAACUCGAUCAUCGCGAGCCCGAGUCAUCGAGCUGCCAUUCAAUGGCUCUGGGCUGCGCUGCCAACCGAGUCACGAUAUCCAGAUGAGCAAGCCCGCCGCGAUGCGUUUACGCUAUGUCUUGUGUCUGGUCGGUACAAGCACACAAAGGUUGCGGAGGACGACAUACAACUCCAUCGAAAGCUUGCAAGAGCCUAUGUAGACUAUGUCCGAUCGGUGCAAGAAGGCUCUGCGAGCGACCAGCGACUCCGAACGAACGCACGCGAUUUUGAGAACGACUACACGUGGACAGCUAAGUUCAGAUGCAUGUUCGCGACCGAGAAGGGCUUCUACGGGAUCGGGCCACAGCUUGUGCAGAAGGACGACGUGGUCAUGGUGCCAACGGGCUUUAUGAUUCCGUUCGUUCUGCGGCCUACUAGCUCGGGUAAAUCAUAUAGGCUCGUUGGAGCGGCUUAUGUGCAAGGCGUGAUGCGCGGCGAGGUGCUGGAUGAGAAGGAUCCGCUCGGCUUAGGUGCAGGAAAGCCGCGAGAUAUUGAAAUCGUGUGAGCUUCGGCAGGCUCGAGCUAUGAAUUUGACGAAGAAUGCUUGAUACCCUUGAGCGCAAUUAUGACUUAUGUGAAGGAACGCGGGCUCACUGAAAGUGGCUUUUGAAGCCCCUAUAUGUAUAGUACUACGCUUUGUGCAACUCAGCUAGGAUCGUUACCGCA